UUUAUUUAUUUAUUUAUUUAUUUAUUUAUUUAUUUAUUUUUUCUUUUUAGAAAUACAUAAUGAAAUUGUUUAGUCUAUUUUCUUUACUUAUCUUUGGGUAUUUUAUUCCUACCUCUUUAGCCUCUGAUGAUAUCUCACUUCGAACGAUUGGUGCACCAAAUACUUUAGAUUAUAAGGUCUAUUUCGAAAAAAAUGGUACUAUUAUUUCACCAUUUCAUGAUGUGCCCCUAUUUGCUGAUAAAGAAAAAUCCUUAUAUAAUAUGAUUGUUGAAAUGCCUCGAUGGACAACUGCUAAAAAUGAGAUUAAUAAAGAAACACCACUAAAUCCAAUUAUGCAAGACGUAUCGGAUGGUAAGCUACGAUUUGUACAUAAUUUAUUUCCCUUUAAAGGUUAUAUUUGGAACUAUGGCGCUUUUCCUCAAACCUGGGAAGAUCCUAGAUAUAUCUCACCUUAUACAAAUUCCAAAGGUGAUAAUGAUCCAAUUGAUGUGGUCGAGCUUGGCCAAAAUGUAGCCACUGUAGGUGAAAUCAAACAAGUUAAAAUUUUGGGUAUUAUUGGAUUAUUGGAUCAAAAUGAAACUGAUUGGAAAGUUGUAGUGAUUGAUCAUGAAGACCCAUUAGCAGAAAAGUUGAAUGAUAUUAAUGACGUGGAAACUUAUAUGCCUGGUUAUUUAAACGCAACUAAUUUUUUUCUUAUAAAUUAUAAACUUCCAGGAGGAAAGAAAAAGAAUGAAAUUGCAUUUAAUAGCACUGCACAGCCCAAGGAAUUCGCUACUCAUAUUGUAUUAGAAACUCAUGAGCUUUGGAAGGCUCUUGUUAAUGGUACUACAACUGAAGAUGAGAUUCAAACGAUAAACACAUCUGUUGAUGGAUCUCCAUAUAAAACUACCCCAGAUAAUUAUACAAUCGCUAGUAUUCCUCAAAACAAUACACUUCCAGCUGCUCCAAUUAUGAAAGAAAAUGAUAUUUGGUACUUUAUCGAUACCUUACAAAACAGAACUGAAGAAAAUUAAAUAGAUAAAUAAAAAGAAAAGGUUUUUUUUUAUGUCUGUGUAUUUCAGUAUUUUAAAAAUUGUGUAAUAUACAAAGCUAAAACAAAAUAAAAUGAAGGCAGUUUUGGAUAACAAAGUCUAGGACAUUUAUUCAAUAAUUAAUUAUAUCUACC